AGCCCUUAAGAUGUCGAAUGUUCACCCUAGCUCGCGUAUCUAGUGGUGUCCCACCGCUGAAUUCACUUUACUUCCUUUACAUGCAGCAGGACCCUAUGAGAAGGGGGGAGACAGCUUGUCACAGAUUUACAUCUCCUCUUGUACCCCCACGUUGGCGAUACUCGUUCGUGCAAGACAGCGCGCUUCUCCAUAUACAUCUACUCAAUAUUUUUGGGAAUGAACUGCGAUGUGUCGCUCCCGAGUUAGCCGACAUAGCUCAGCGUCUCGUACCCAUCGUGUCGUCCUUCACAUCGCUCGAGGAGAGCGAUGCAACAGUGCAGGGUGACAUCAUCCGAUCCAACUGGGAGAAUCCGGAGUUUGCAUUCUUAUCGGCUUGCCACACUACCGUUGGCGAUGAGAAGAGUCCUGACGAGUCGAUCCAUCUCGCCGCGGCGAUGCAAUUUUCUGGAUUUCGCAGUGUUGCACGGCAGGUUGUGUCUGCUUUCUACGAUAAGCUGGUUGAUGAUUCGGGGGGAUUGGACUGCACGCGGGCUGCGAUGGCGUUGCACAAGGCAGUGAAGAAAUUGCGGCGCAAUAAGAUUUCACUGGAACAGCAGAUCGCCUUUGUUCAUAUAGGUAUCUAGUUCGAGGCUCAUUCGCUAUUUUCUAUGAUCCUGAUCUCUUUCAUUCCCCACUGUCUCAAUAAUAUCUCAGUCAUUUGGAUCAUGUCUGCGCAAUACUUUUUUGUACAUUAAUCAUGGCUUGCUCCUAUAUAUUCCUUUCUGCAAA